AUGUCAACGACCCGGCUGCCUAAUAUCCCGUCUCUUCGUAGACAUCAACUUCUGCAAGAAUAUGCAAGCCUCAAGCAUGCAGCUCCUCCGGGAGUCUAUGUGAGCCUCAGCCCUGGCGAUCCUACUCUCUGGGCCUGCGUGAUUUUUGUCCGCUCCGGCCCCUACGCUUCUGCCAUCCUCCGAUUCCAGAUACGCUUCCCACCGACCUACCCCGAUCGACCACCGUUAGUGACAUUCUCCACCGACGUGUUCCAUCCUCUGAUUGUACCCCUUACCACUUACACCUUCAGCACUGGUGUCUCGAACGAAGACCCCGUGAGCGCGUCGGACGAGCAACGCUUAGCCCCAGGAGGGUUCAGUCUCCGACACGCAUUCCCCCACUGGUUUGGCCGCGCCAGACGCACGGGCGUCGGUUCGGCUCCAUCGUCGAGGUCUGUGAGUCUAAAUGCGGGUCUGGGAACAACAGCUGUGCAAGAGGAAUCUGCACAAGAUGCCUCAACGGAGUCGGAGCAACGAGAUGAUAACGAAGAGGGUGAACCCACACCCCCUCCCACAGCGGAACCUGUCCCAAAAAUCAGAACAUCGAUCCCCGUGUUGGAAAUUCUGGAUUAUAUUCGCACUUCGUUCGAUGACGAGACUGUUCUCGACUCCGUGCCGCUCGAAGCCGCGGGGAACCCCAGCGCGUGGCACGCGUGGAAAGCGCAUCGGAAGGACACAGACACUGCUCCAACGAGCGAUUCCAAGCGCGACAAUCCGCAAGCGCGAGCGCCGGGAGACUGGAACUGGGAUGGGAUCUGGAUCAGGCGCGUACAAUAUGAGAUUGAAGGGAGCCGGUCGGAUGCGACAUUAUUCGGGAGCGCUGCGCGAGGGGCCCCUGACGAGCUGAUUCGCUUUACUCGGCUAGACAGGUCUACGUUGGAGUCGGUCAAGCAGAUGCUGGUUCCAUCUGUGGAACCUGCCUCGGAAUGA